AUGUCUCAGGCAUCUGCAUCUGCACCUGACGAGGACGAGAACGACGUCUUGACUGGUCCCCUCAUACCUGAUAGUCUCUCUCAGGCAAUUCCCACAUCUGCUGGUGCAAGAGCGAAGUGUUGCGUCGCCGCCUUAGAAGAGGAGCUUGAAGCUAUGCGGCAAGAGAGAGGAAGGAAGCAGAGUCGCAUGGUAAUCCUUUUCACCAACGGCUUGGAAGACUUAAUUGCCAAGAACGACCGCAGGUGUGAGGAUGAAUCAAGGGACAAUACUCUGGCCGCAGGCUAUAUUGAGCUUACCCGAGUACUGCCAUGGCUUCACAAAAAGCUGCAUGCUCUUGACUCCGACGAUUCUAAUGACAUGGUGAAAAAACUGAGGAAAGGGGCAGAUGCGGCUCGCGGUGACGAUACUUCCACGCUCAAGGACCUUGUCGCUACCUGGCUCAAUCAAGAUUUCGGUCCAUCUCCUCUGAUCAAGCCCAACACCAAACAUUCGUGUGGCUUCAUGAAUGAUGUUUGUGGGAAACUACUCUGCCCUGCCGAGUGGGACUGGAAUGAGAACCGCAUGAAGUCUGGCAUUCAUGACAGAAGAUCAGAUUAUAUUGUCUCAGAAAACUCCUGGCCGCUUUUCUUAUACGAGAACUAUAUAGUCGACCAUGGCAGCCUUGAGAAAGGUCUGUUCAAAUCCAAGCUUCUUGUUCAGGGCUUCAAAGCCAUCUUCACAUCUCCUUCCUCCGCGAGAGCGGCUGACGAGGAUGGUGACAGAGCUGAUAUACUCGAGAACAACAAGCGCGCCCGGCAGGCAAUCAGAUCAAGUGAAGGUUUGGUUCGCUCUAUCAAGUGUUUCCUCUUGGCUGCUCGGUUGAUGGUGACUUCGACAAUGAAAUGUUUUGGAAUAAUAUCUGUGGACUUCUUCGAAAAUGCCCCUGGCCCUGUUGCGCGUCAGAAAGUUUUUGGAACAAACCACCGCCAAGACCUGACGUCAGAUGUAGUGUCCAAAAUGUCUGUCUCAACACUAGCUGAGCAGAGGAACACACUGGAGGAUGCCGCUUUUAACUCAGACUAA